AUGGAAGGCUUCGUAACCCAUACUGCUUCUUGUCAUUACUCAGCAAUGGUUGCAUUGGGAUUGUACCUCAGUGCGGUAGUAUUUCUCCUGUUCGCAUCAAAUGUGUAUCUGGAAAGUGCAACUGUUGAACAGCCGAUGGAGAAUAGUUCGAAAAAUAACACAAUCAAUCGUUUGUAUUUCUUCACGCUACGACACAUAAACAAUACUAUGGAGGGAAAACUUAUCAAUCAGACUUUUGAUGCCAUUCUGGAGCGGUUGAAGCGACUGGACGUUGAAGACGAACACCAGAAGGACGUUGGCCGGUACGACUUGACAACACUGCUCUGUUGGGUGAUAAAUAACAGAUUGCUGGAGCAAAUCUACAGGGAGAAGCAUAAACAGGUUUACGAGCUUGCUAAAGUGAUUUAUCCCGAAGCUAGGGACAAUGCCAUUACGACGAGAGAAAUAGAAGCACGAAAGCCGUGUAAAGAAAGCUUCCCGGUAACGGUCAUAACUGCACGCGCAUGGGGCAAAAAUGUGGAUUUAUUCUGAUACAUUAGAAAGCUUCCAAGAAUAUAAUGGAAUCAAAACAAGAAUAACAAAGAUUGUAAUUUUCUCAAUGAUCAUAAAUAAACGAACAAAAGCA